AUGAAACUGACUGCUGCAGUCAAUGUGCUCUUCGUAUCCUCAGCAUUUGCCGGAGUAGUGAAGCGGCAGACUCCAUUCUCUGAUGGCCAACCAAUUGACGGCAAAGGAAAAGGCGCUCCCAUUUUAGACGUUGAGAAUCCUUCAAAUUUGGGCCAGCAGAGCACUGAUGCCGGUACCGUGUCAAAUCUCAAGUGGCGCUUCUCGGAUUCAAAAACUCGGAUUUACCCAGGCGGCUGGGUACGUGAGCAAGUUGACAAUGACUUGCCACAAAGCCAUGACAUCGCAGCAGCACAGCAGCAUUUGAAAAAGGGUGCGAUCCGCGAGCUGCAUUGGCACCGUGUGGCUGAGUGGGGUCAAGUGCUUUUCGGUCGUGUACUCGUGUCGGCGGUGGACGAAAACGGUCGUCAUCAGGUAACCGAGCUCGGCUUCGGAGACAUCUGGUAUUUUCCCAAGGGUCAAGCACAUACUGUGCAGGGCUUGGACGACGAGAAUGAGUAUUUGUUAGCGUUCGAUGACGGGAACUUCGACGCAGCUGGAACGACCUUCAAUCUCGAUGACUGGCUUGCAAAGACGCCAAAGUCAAUACUUGCAAAGAGCUUUGGUUUACCUGAGUCAACAUUCGACAACCUGCCAAAAACGAACCCAUACAUCCAGAACAGCACAACUGGCGCUGCUGCAAGGCAGAAAAACAUCACUGGAGGUGCGGGCGAACUGGUUGGAGAGGCUUCAUAUGUGUACCGCACUUUCCAGCAUGCUCCUGAGCCUGCGCCCGGUGGUGCCGGUACGAUCGCGUCGACGUACGUUGUGCUCGAGCCGAAGGGUAUCAGGGAGCUGCAUUGGCAUUUUACCUCUGAAGAGUGGUUAUACUUUCACGAAGGCAAAGCACGAGCGACAGUCUUCACUGGCAACAGCAACGCGCGCACUUUUGAUUUUGGGCCUGGCGACACCGCAGUGUUUCCAGACAAUUCAGGCCAUUACAUCGAAAAUACGUCCGAAACGCAGAACCUGACCUGGAUUGAGAUCUACAAGGCUGACCGUGUCGCUGAUGUGUCACUAACGCAGUGGUUAGCUCUGACGCCCGCAGACAUUGUUGCUGACGUCCUCAAACUGCCACUAAGCGUGGUGGAGGGCCUCAAGAAGGAGAAACAAGUGCUGGUUCAUGGUAAAUAG